AUCACCAUCCAUAAAAAUGAAUAAACCACCCCCUCAUCGCACAAAGAAAUGAUAAUUCUCACCAACAACGACAUCAACACACUAAUAAAAUCAUACCUGUACGAUGAAAAGUAUUACCACACCUACUUUUCGUUUGUAAAUGAAGCAGAGUGUGCCGAUAGUAUGCAGCACACGUUGAAAGAAUUGCUUAUGAAAGGGUUGCAGUUUGUUUAUUUGGAGGAGUGUGGGAGAGGAGGUGGGACUAGGGUAUGUGAGGUUGUGAUGGAUAGGGAUGAAAGGUAUUUUAUGGGAAAGUGUGUAGGUGUUGUUAGGGAUGUGGGAAAGGUAAGUGGUGGGGAAGGAGAAGAAAAGGUGAAGAGUGGUGGGGAAGGUGAAGAAAAGGUGAAGAGUGGUGGAGAAGGGGAAGAAAAGGUGAAGAGUGGAGGAGAAGGAGAAGAAAAGGUGAAGAGUGGAGGAGAAGGAGAAGAAAAGGUGAAGAGUGGAGGAAAAGGAGAAGAAAAGAUGAAGAGUGGUGGGGGAGCGAUUAAGAACGUAAAGGAAGAGAAGAAGUGGUGCGAUGGUACAGCGAAUCUAAAACAUGACAUGGUGCAUAACAUACGAUUGGAGGAUUGCAUGCCAUUAAUUGCUCUUAAAGGCGAUGAAAUGGUCAUAGCAUACGGUGGAAUGGUGGAAAUUAAUAAAAGGUGCUGUAGAGAGGAACAUGGGAGUGCUGAGGUGGGAGAGGACGGCAUGAAAGAGAAUGCUUUACAGCAGAACGUUGAUGAUAUGAGCAAUGCGGAAGGGACAGGCACAAAAGAUGGUAAUGAAGAGGAGGGCAGUGCUAAAGAGAGUGCUCCGUGUGAAAGUGGUCACAGCACCGUGUCAAACACCGAUGAGCACGGCACACAGAGGGGUGAGCGUAAAAAUACGGUCAUGCCGCGCACAGCGACACUUUCGGACCAGUACAGACCGAUGCAUACGCACCACGUGAACGAUGUGAUAACUGCCAUAACAUCAGCACCUACUGAUGUUUAUUACGGCACGUUAUCGGGCAGCGUAUUUACGCAUGCUCGUACGUACAGAAUAACACGCGCACCGAUACUUUCUCUUAGGGUGUAUGGUGAUUCGCUGGUGUGUGCUGAUAGUGAGGGUGUGGUGGGUGAAUGUGGGUUGGAUGGGAGGGGAAAGAAGGUGUACAAGGUGUUUGAGGGUGCGUGUUAUGAAGUAGAAGUGAUUGAGGGCGGGUAUGUAUGCGGAUCUGGUGAUGGAGAGGUUGUGCUCGUAAGUACUGAGGCUGUUGCUGGCAAUGAAGACGGUGGUGAUGACGUAUCUGAUGCUAACCACGGCACCAACACCGGUCAUACCAACCAUGUUACCGGUCCUACCGCUGACAUAAGCAGUCCUAAUAUCACACUGCUCUACAAACACAGACUCUCCAUAAAUCACCUAACAUCAUCCCCAACCCACAUAACAUGCUCAUCAUCCGACCACACAACCACCCUCCUCCACAUCAGCUCACCAUCCAAGCACGUGUACAACGAUCACACAGCAUCUGUAAACGCUCAUCUACACCACAACCGCUUAUACACCGUGUCAACCGACAAGCAAAUGCUCGUGUACGACAACGAACGGCUGGUCGAACGGUAUGUGCACGAUGGCCCGGUGUAUGCGAUGGGGUACGGCGAGUGGUACGGAUUGAUCGGAACGGGUACGCUUGGUAAGUGCGUGUAUUUUUAUGAUGGGCGGAUCGGCAUGGUUGACAGGGUGUGUGUUGGCGUGGGUGUUAGGGAAAUGGUGUUUUGUGGAUGGGUGGUUGGUUACUGCGGGGUUGAGGGCGGAGUUGGUGCCGUUGAUGUGAGGAUGAUGUAUAAAGGUGGGUACUGA